AUGGAAGCCCCUCUGGUAAGCCUGGAUGAAGAGUUUGAAGAUCUGAGGCCAUGCUACAUAGAAGACAGGGGAGAAAAAUCUCAUUAUUUUUAUGGCUCCUCUCCCCACUACUUGGAGGACCCCUCCCUUUCUGAGCUUGAGAACUUCUCUUCUGAGAUCAUCAGCUUCAAGUCCAUGGAAGACUUAGUCAAUGAGUUUGAUGAGAAACUCAAUGUCUGCUUUCGGAAUUACAAUGCCAAGACAGAGAAUUUGGCCCCUGUAAAAAACCAUCUCCAGAUCCAAGAAGAAGAAGAGAACUUGCAGGAUGAAGAGGUUUGGGAUGCUCUUACGGACAAUUACAUCCCAUCCAUCUCUGAGGACUGGAGGGAUCCCAAUGUUGUCAAGGUACUAAAUGGCAACGUCUCGGACACAGAGAUCCACGAGAAGGAGGAGGAAGAGCUUAACGAGAAGAGUGAAAAUGACUCUGGUAUUAACGAGGAGCCUCUACUCACAGCAGAUCAGGUAAUUGAAGAAAUUGAGGAGAUGAUGCAAAAUUCCCCAGACCCUGAUGAAGAAGAGGAGAUUCUGGAGGAAGAUGAUAGUGGAGAAAACAGCAGCCAGGCUGACUCAGUCCUUCUUCAAGAGAUGAAGGCUUUGUCACAAACACUCAACAACAAUUGGUCCUAUGAAGGCUACCCCAUUCCUAGAGCCUGGGGCUUGGGACACAUGUCCCCCUCGCAGCUUUUGGAGCUUCUGGAUCGCGUAGAAGGUGCUAUCCGGGACUACUCAGAGGAACUGGUGCAGCAGCUGGCUCAUCGGGAUGAGCUGGAGUUUGAGAAGGAGGUGAAGAAUUCCUUCAUCACAGUGCUGAUGGAGGUCCAGAACAAGCAGAAAGAGCACAGGGAGCUGAUGAAAAGGCGGAGGAAAGAGAAAGGGCUGAGUCUGCAGAGCGGCCGAAUAGAAAGGGCAACCCAAAUGCCUCUCAAGCGGUUCAGCAUGGAAGGGAUCUCAAAUAUCCUGCAGACUGGAAUCCGGCAGACAUUUGGGAACUCAGCGACGGAUAAGCAGUAUUUGAACACAGUUAUUCCGUAUGAGAAGAAAGGGGCGCCGCCUUCAGUCGAGGACUUACAGAUGCUUACAAACAUUCUCUUUGCAAUGAAGGAGGACAACGAAAAGGUCCCUACGUUGCUAACUGACUACAUUUUAAAAGUUCUCUGUCCUACCUAAGCUCCAGGCUCCGAAGAUCAUGAAAACCAACAGGAGACAACAAGGCCAGUGUGUCAUUCCAUCACAGGGACUGCAUGACAUAAUGUAAACUUUUGAAUUGUGUAUUUAAAGAUGUAUAGCAUUAACCUGGAUUAAACAUGAGCAAAACUCUUUCCUUUUGCUGUCGAUUUCUAGUUGUAGUAAACAUUUGAAUGCAUGAGUGAAGGUUUGGGCUGCUAUUUUCUCUCUCUCUCAACCACCUCCAUCUUUGAGGAGGCAGUACUUCACCGUACACCAUGUAUUCUCAAGCCCAUCUUCCCCCAAGCAGCUA